GCGGUGUGCAUGGUCCGCCGGUACGGCAGAUGAACCAUGACCGGUAAAUUUUGACUGCAUGAUUAGCUUGCCUUCACGCUUCGAACACGCUGUGCUUUGUCAUACUAACCUAACCUCAUAGUAUAACCGUUAACGGCUAUUAGCGAUCUUGCGAUCAGGGCGGAAAUUUAGUGCAGAAUGAAUAUGGAAAUUUUGGGAAGGAUAGGGUUUAAGCCGGACAAGGAUAAAAUGGGGCUUUGUUUCUUCGUGGUUUGAUUACGUACAGAAAAGCAAUUCGCCUAGUGCUGCAAUUAGAUUUUUCCGCUAAUUUUCGCAAAUUAUCUGUUUUCAGGCAACCCCAAAAGGCGCCAAGUUCUCAGCUGCAUAUUCUUUUGCAAAUCGAAAAUGGCCGUUGUCGACGUACGCCUCCCCAAUGGCCCACUGUACCAGGAUAUGGACGGCGUAAUACGGCUAAGCCGAAACUUCACAGUGGAAACACUGCGUUCCGCCCUCACUUACGAGCCACAGCCAGACGACAAGUUUGUCGUCACGUAUCCAAAGUGCGGAACAACGUGGACACAACACAUUGGCUUCUUGAUCUUCAACAAAGGCGUCCCCCCUUCCAGUGGCCUGGAGUUCUUCAACAGAAGCCCCUUUAUCGAGAUGCUCGGCGCGGACAGUGUGCGGGACAUGACACGUCCCGGAGUGAUCAAGACGCACCUUCCUUACCACCUCAUGCCCAUGCACCCACAGGCCAAGUACCUCUACGUAUGCCGCAAUCCUAAGGACGCUUGCGUGUCCUUUUUCUACCACACACGGGGUUUCACCGGAUACGAGUUCGCCAACGGCAAGUUCGACGACUUCUUCGAGAUCUUCGUCUCCGGCGAGACCGACUACGGGGACUACUUUGACCACGUCCUGCGUUGGUACGAGCACCGCAACGAUCCGAACGUCCUCUUCCUGCACUACGAAGACAUGAAGGCCCAGCCGCGAGAGAGCGUGCUCAAGAUUGCCGAGUUCUUCGACCAAAGCUAUCACAAGUUGCUGCUGGACAACGAGGACGUCCUCCAGAACGUGAUCAAAUACAGUGACGUCGAAUCCAUGAAGGACUACGCCUCGCGGAACUUCACCAAGUUCUUCACAAAGCAAAUAGAAGGAGAAGCGCCCGAAGGCCUCAGAGUCUUCCACGAAGCUUCGCAGAAGAAUUCUUCCACUGCUAGCUUCAUUCGUAAGGGCAUCGUCGGAGACUGGAAGAAUCAUUUCUCGCCUGAACAGAACGCCAGGUUGGAGAACAAGAUUCUGGAGCUGCUACGCGAUACUGACUUGAUGGACACCUGGCGAAAGCACGGUGUUAUGUAGCACUUUCACGAAACCAUCGAGACAGCUUCCAUAAAGUGUUGUGGCAUUGCAAACAGCUUGACGCUCAGCGGAGCCGCCUGUGGGUUUUGCCAAGUCUCUGCGGGAGCCUUACUGAACCAGAGUCCGUUUUCUUCGAGGACGAGAUAUACCCCGUUAUGUGGCAGAGGAUUAUAACACGACUACUAUCACCGUAAUUCAAAGCCUACUGCGCGAUGAAUAGUAUUUCUUUAAGUUAUCGUGAGGUGGCCGGCUGCACCGUUAAACGCCGUACCAUUCUCCUUGCAUAAUUGGUGGAUGUGUGCUGUCAGAAAAUUGUGUAAUAAUUUCGGUGAGAUUAACUAGGAACGCUACUGAUGGCAUCAACUCACAUAACGCUUUUGUUGUUGCAGAAAUGUGUGCCGAUAGCCAAUCUUUCACUGCUUCAUACUCGGUUUUUUGAGUAUAACAGUAUUCCGUGAAGCAAAAACAAUUUCGUGCAAACACUUCUCCUUAUGUGUUCGACAGGAAGCACACCCAUCAGAGUAUCCAAUUCGUUCACAUAUAACCAAAUAGUUGCAUCGAUAACUAUCAUGUAAAUCAGAGUGAAUUCCCGAGCGAUGCUAGCAAUAUGCGUUAGCAUACACCGAUGCGCGGCCCUGCAAAGUCCGGUGUGGAUGCAUUUGUGCUGCAGCGAGCGAGUGUACUAAACCUUGUGCGAACGCACAGCAUAGUGUGUAUCACGCUAUGCUGUAAAGCACCUUUACUUAAUGGCCUACAUGAAUGCAUUUAUUACUGCAUUAAAUGUAUUUGCAUAUCAACACCGGUCUAGUGCUGGUGUCAUUUUUCUACCAUCGCAAAUUGCAAUUCUUGUUUUCCAUGCGAUUCUCGUGUGGUUCAACUAAUAUGUUGAUCUUGUUCUUCAGUGUGCGGCGUGCUCUUAUAGUAAACAAGUGUGCUAAAGCCAGUA